UAAAGAUCUAAUCUUGUCUUGCUAAUAACUCCACUGCAACUUUUGCAUUAUUCAUUUGAACAAAAAACUGUCAUGAAGAUGAUCUGAAGAUAUUCAUCAGUGGAUCUUGGAUUCUUGAUGGUUGGUCAUAGUUUUCUGUGGGGUUAGGAGUGCUUAUUUCUUUUGAUAACAGGCAGGUCUAAUAAUAGCUUGUACGAACCGAGAAAGGCCCACAAUGAGGGCCUCAAAUUCUCUGUCAAAAUGAUUUCUGGUCAAUUGCGUAGCACGUAAUUCUUCUUCCCAGACAUUGUGCUGAAUUUCGCUUUUUGACAUCCUGCAAAUUUAUGUCUUCUAUACAGAAAGUCUCUACGUUUGUUCUUGCUUUCGUCAACGCCCCUUCACAUCAUAACCCACUGACAGCAGUGAAAGAUGCUAUUUCUAUUGAAUAUUUAGUCUAUAUAUUCAUUUCCGCUGAUUCUGUCUCUACAGUGUGGGCGGUUUAAAUUUAUUGGGGCAAGGGAAGUAAACAAUCUCUUGGAGAUCAGAGCUAUUGGCUCUUAUAGAAAAUGCCCAUCUGAAAAUGAGAGCUAUGGAUUCUCCUAGACAAAGAAAAAGUAUAAGUAGCUUUCUUACGUAGCAAGGCAAGCAUGUAGCAGGUUAUUGAGCUUAGCUUGGCUUCCAUCAAACUCUGUGAUCUAUUAUCAGAAAGAAGAGAGAAAAAAAUAAAAUAAAAUGAUUAAUUUUUGCUGAAGUUUGGCAAAUUAGUUUCUUCUCUCUUUGAAAGAUAGAAAGAUGAUUACUGCUAAGGACUUAUACAAUGUGCUAACUGCAGUUGUACCGCUGUAUGUGGCGAUGAUUCUGGCAUAUGGGUCUGUGAAGUGGUGGAAAAUUUUUACUCCUGAUCAGUGCUCUGGAAUAAACCGUUUUGUUGCCAUUUUUGCAGUUCCCCUGCUGUCUUUUCAUUUUAUCUCCACCAACAAUAUAUAUGCCAUGAAUUACAGAUUCAUUGCUGCAGAUUCCUUGCAGAAGGGUAUUGUAUUGCUGGUGCUGGGCGUUUGGGCAAAGUUUGCAAAGAGGGGGAGCUUGGAAUGGAUGAUUACCUUGUUUGCCUUGUCUACACUGCCCAAUACUCUGGUGAUGGGGAUUCCCCUGCUCAAGGGCAUGUAUGGGGAAUUCUCUGGUAGCUUAAUGGUGCAGGUAGUGGUUUUGCAGAGUGUUAUCUGGUAUACCCUCAUGAUGGUGUUGUUUGAGUACAGAGGAGCUAAAAUACUUAUAAUGGAGCAGUUUCCUGAAUCUGGUGCUGAAAUUACUUCAUUAAAGGUGGACUCUGACAUUGUUUCUUUGCAUGGAAGAGAGCCUCUGCAGACUUUUGCUGAGGUGCGGGGAAAUGGGAAGCUUCGAGUAACUGUCAGCAGAUCUAGAUCACAGGGAUUUGGAUCUCUUCCUUCUCUCACUCCCAGGGCUUCCAAUCUGACAGGUGCAGAGAUCUUUUCUCUCCAGUCCUCCUGCAAUCCUACCCCGAGAGGCUCCAGCUUCAAUCAUGAUUUCUACACCACAUUCUCUGGAAGUCACAGAGGAGCUACUAAUAUGAGUCCCAGGCAUUCAAAUUAUCAGUCUGCAGAUAUGUAUUCUUUGAAUUCUUCCAGAGGACUCACGCCCAGAAAUUCUAAUUUUGAGGAGGAAGGAUCUAGAGGAUCAAACUAUGGGCGCUUUGGGCCUCAUCAUUCUAUUUCCAUGCCUCCUUACCGACUUAGGCCACAGAAAAGCUUGGGCAGAAGUAUGACUGGUGUAACAGAGUCAUAUCCUUCUCCAAACCCUGGAAUUUUGUCCCCAGAUGAUUGCAAGACGGCUAAAACAGAUGAAGUCAAUCCAUCAGUGAAUCAAAAUCCCAACGAGGCUAACAAGGAAGUGCAUAUGUUGGGUAGGAGUUCAGGCCCUUCGACCAUAUCUGAAGCAAACCAGCUUGAAGAAGCUGCAGAUAACAGUGGUAGAAGUGAUCCCAAAGCUGAGCCUUUAGAGCACCAUUUCACUGAGAGCAAAGGCAUGGUACAGGAGUCCAGUGGAUCAUAUCAAGAAUUUGCUUCCAGUCCAGCAAAGAAGGGUAUUAUUUCAGAUGUAGAAAUGGCGAGCCCCAAUUCUAAAUUGGGUUCUAGUGUUUCUCUAGACGAGCAAGGGAAGAAGCAGAUGGAAGCAAGCAAAAGUGCAGUAAAAAUGCCACCUGCUAAAGUGAUGACAAGGCUUAUUUUUGUCAUGGUGUGGAGAAAACUCAUCAGAAAUCCCAACACCUAUGCUUGUAUAUUAGGUCUAACAUGGUCGCUUGUGGCUUACAGGUGGAAUAUCAAAAUGCCAAAAUUGGUGUACGGUUCAAUUGCCAUUUUAUCUGAUGCCGGUCUGGGCAUGGCCAUGUUUAGCUUGGGAUUGUUCAUGGCACUUCAACCAAGAAUCAUAGCCUGUGGGAAAUCAGUUGCAGCCUUUGCAAUGGCAGUUAGAUUUAUAACUGGUCCAGCUGUAAUGGUAGCUGCAUCCAUUCCCAUUGGGCUCAGAGGCAAACUGCUGCAUGUGGCCAUUGUGCAGGCAGCACUUCCUCAAGGCAUAGUUCCAUUUGUUUUUGCCAAGGAGUACAAUGUACAUCCUGAAAUUCUAAGCACAGCGGUGAUAUUUGGAAUGCUGAUUGCAUUACCAAUAACAGUACUUUAUUAUCUCCUCAUGGGCCUAUGACAAAGUAAAUUAUGUGUGUGUAUUCUGUAAUUUGGACCCUGUGUAUCUUAUCCAUUGAUACACAAUAAUUAAUCUGAGAGUCUUAUCCAGUUCUACAGUAUCUAUGUAUUGCACUAUACCAUAUCUUGGACGGUAUAUGCAAUGCAUGGGACCAAGGGAGGACGUGUGUUCUAGUUUGUACAAGCUGCCAAAGCUUCAUCAAUGUUUGAUAUUUAUACGUGUGUUUUCAAUUUCAAAAGAAACAAAGUUUUCUUUAAUAA